CUAAAUAUAAACAGUGAACCAUAAAAUAAAUCCUUCUUUCACGCAUAUUUAUAAACUCCAGACAGACAUGGCGGUUCCCGAACGCAUUUAAAAACUGACAGCUGAAGUGACAGCUCGCCAUGUUUAAUUUCUUCAAGCGAAAAGGCGGGAAGGCCGAGCCCUCUCCCGAAUCUACGCGAAAACAACCGACGACUAAACCAACCUCAGUCGAACAUCGCGCGCCGUCUAGCGAAUAUGACAUAACGAACGAAAAAACUGGCACCAUACGGAAAGAUGUAGUGAACCUACUCAUACCGGAAACGGAUUAUAGCAACACAAAGACAGGGGUAGGCGCCCUGUUGCAAAUCAUGGCGGGAAAACGGAAGAGGGGUAAGAGAAAACGCGAAUACAAAGUUCCGAAUGACGAAACACAAGCGAAACGCAGUGAAGCCCCAGCCGCGGCGACGCCUACGCCUGCCAAAAAUACACAAGACGAAAUCCAAACGUCGGACGAUCCGGCUGACUUCGUUAAAGCGCUUGUACUGCAGAAAUACGCAAAACCCGAUCCAAAACAACACGUGUCCUUAAUCUACGUGUCAAAUGACCAAGAGUUGGACGAGAAACGACAUGCGGAGGCCCUGUUACGCGAAAUAGCCAAGAGUAUUGAUUGUGACAUCGAUCUGGAUGAAGAUCCAAUGGGAACUACUGACAGUAAAACUAUUAAAGAUAUUAAGGAGAGGAAAGAUAGAAAAGAGCCAGUUUACGAAACUCUGGAUACUAAAUCGAUUAGAGAAUACAAAAAUGAUUUGAAAGGCGAAUUGAAUAAGUUAUUAGAAGUAAACAAUGGAGAAAAUAAUAAUGAUUUGGAGAACCCUGAGUCGCCGAAUAGAAAAUCGAAUUUGAAACUUCCCAGAUCAGAUAACGAAGGAUGUUCAGACGAUGACAGGUCGGAUAAUGGAAAAAAACGUGUCACUUUUCGAAAACAUAUAAUAUUCGACGAUGGAGAACAACAAACUGAUGAAGAAGUGGAUUCUUCAUUCGAAUCCCUUACUUCUGAAGAAGCUGACUAUUUAGAAGAUUUGCCCGAUAAUGAUGAAAUGCUAGGCGGUUAUAUAGUGUCGCAAAAUAAUAAAACAGUUAUUAAUCUUAACGAACCGAUUAUAAAAGUUGAGUGUGUGGACGAUUUGAGGACUAUAACUCAUGAAAAUAGUGACAGUGGGUUUAUAGAGUGUGAUAAGAACGAAUCGGGGGACGAAACUAGUGAUGUGAAGAGUAUAGUGGAAGAGUGUGAGGAGAGUGGAGAGAGUGAAUCGAGUGGGGAGGAGAGUGAAGAAGAGGAAAUAGAGGAGAUAACAGAAGAAAUUGUAGAAGAGAUAGAAGAAAGUGAUACUGAGGUAGCGGACGAUGAAGAGGAGACGGAAGUUGUCGCGGAUGACGUGAAAGAUCUCGUAAACCAGGAAACCAGAUUCCAGUCCCAAGUGACAGCGCUAACAGAACUUGCUGACACCAGAUGCACCGAAGCAGAGAACGCGAGAGAACUGAUCGUCGCGUGCAGGAAGGAGAUAGAAGAGAAGGAGCAGCAGAUUGAACAACUGAAAUGCGACUUAGCAGCGGCGUACAAGGAGUCGGAGCUGGUGCGGCAGCGGAGUCGCUCUUUAGAGGAAGAACUUGUAGCCGCUAGGAAAUGCUCCGCGGACUUGGCUGACGACCUGCAGAGGCGGAUUGACGAGGCAAUCAGACAACUUCGGUUGGAGUUGGAAGAUGCGAUCUCACGGCGAGCUCAGCUGGAGUCCAGGGUGCAGGCGCUGGAAAGAGAUAAAGAGAGACUCGAGAGGGAGAAGCUGGAGCAGGAGCAGAAGGCAAAAGAAACCCUAGAAGCAGCAGAAGAGAACACAGCAAAAUGGCGGGCGGCGCACGAAGCGGCGAGGUCACAGGCGGCGGCGCGGGCAGAGCGGAUGCUGGCUGAUUGUGAGUGGAAGAUGAGGGAGCUAGAGAAAAGAGCUAGAGAUGCGGAGAAAGAGAAGAGAGAGUUAACAGAAACAGUCCAACAACUCAAAGCCGCCCCACCAACGCCCUCCCACGUCGCAGAACUACAACAACUUAGGGGCCUGGCCUCUGAACAACAGAGGUCCAUCCAGUCCCUCACGCUGCAAAUACAGAAGAUAGAGACAAGAGAAGAAGCUUUGAAGCUAGAGGUGCAUAGACUGAAGGAUCUGCUGGCGAAAGAGGAGAGGAUACAGAAGGACAAAGAAGAACAGCAUUUGCAAAAAAUAGAACGUCUAGAACAACAGCAUUCCGACAAAAUUACAGCGCUUAAAGCUGAACACUCUGAAGCUGUAGCGAACGCGGCCAGCGCUCGUGCAGCGCUUGAGAGAGCACAAGCGGACAGGACAAGGACGGCGAUAGCGCAGCUGCGAGCCGAGGCAGAAAAGGAUGGCAAAAACGCUGACAGGAAGCUGAGGGAAUUGACCACCAGGUUCGAGAACCUGAAAGAAGUGCUAGCAUCAAAGGAGACCCAGUUCGAGCAGGCGAUCGCAGAAGCUCACAGCAAAGCCGACUGGGACAUCCUGCAGCUGCGCCACUUGCUGGACAAGGCGGACAUUACAUACGCCAACAAUAUUGAGGCUAUGAACCAACGCUUCGAGAGGGAGAAAGAGCAAUUAAUAAAUGAGUGGUCAGAGAAAGUUAGAGAAGUAGAAGAACAAGCGGCUACCGCGGCGACGGAAGCGAAGAAGAUUCUAGAAGCUACCAGAAUGAAACUGAUCGCGGAGAAGAACGAAGUCAUGAACAAACUUAAGGAGAAACAUCAGCAGGAAGUCGAUAACCAGUGGGAGUAUUUCAUGUCAGACAAAGAAAACUGUCUGGAACGCAUGAAGGCGGAGUGCCGGCAAGAGGGAGAAGAAGAACGGCUGAAGAGGGAGAAAGAGCUACUGGAAGAAAUUGCAGAAUUAAAAUCGCAAAUUCACUCAAAAACCACAGACUACGAACAGCUGGCAACCAAAGCCGCCGCCUGUGGGCGGGAACUAGCCGUCACAGAGCAAGAGCUAAGAGAAGCGCUGGCGAGAGAGAAGGAGCUACGUGAGAAGAGAUCAGAAGAUGCCAACAAGAUCAAACAACUGGGGCGAGCGAAUCAAGAGCAGAUAGAGCAUUUGACUAGGAAAUGCGCUUGUUUGAGGAAGCUUUUCGACGACAUGCGCGGCCGGCUGGAGGCGCGCGAGCGCAGCGCGGAGCAGGAGGCCCGCGCGCGCGACAAGGAGCUGCACCAGCUGCGAGCCGAGGUCGCCAGGCUCACCAAGAUACUCGUUGAACAGAGUUUAUUUCGGCUAAUAGCUCAUGUUCGUCGUAGUUCGCCGAAGCUCGGCGCGCGCACGCGGGCGGACGGCUGCGAGACUGCGCGGGCGCAGGACGAGGCUUUUUUCUGCAAGAGCGCGCCUCUAGCGUGUGAGACGCAACCCAACGCGCCAAGACGGAAAGGUAAUGCGGAACCCUCCGAACGCCAGAGCCAAUCAGAAAGCGUCUAACCCUUCCAGACCUGCAGCCGCUUCCGCCGGAAGCGCGCCGCAACAACACAGAAUAUGACAAUGGCCGUCCACGCGCCAGGAGCGUAGACCUACCCGCCGUUCAAGUACCCGUGAGAAUCAGACAACUCGAGCAAAAGUAUAGAGAAUAAUAUUU